ACCGACGAGCCCCCUGAGGGAGACCGCGGAUGCAAGUCGUGUUGUGUGCUACUGCGCAUCAUCACCGACCCUGUGUUCGCGUCUUAUGUCAAAGAACUGCAUGUACUUGCAUUCGCGAACAACGUCGCUCCCUUCGAGAUGUGUGGCCUGGCGAAUGCUAUCAGCAGCAUGCACAAUUUGCGGACAUUCAAGUGGUACACCACCCUCCCGUCGCAUUUGCUACCUGGCGACAACAUCCUGAUGGCACUGGCGUCGACCGCCGUCAACCUUCGCGAGUACAG